AUGACCGAUUCAAGCACUUCUGUUGCAGUAACAAAUGAAACGUUCAACCCUGAACUUGUUGGAUUUGUGUUAGUUGGAGUGUUAUUAUUAACACUGACAUUGAUGAUAGUCAUCCACUUAUUCCCACGACUUCACUUCCUUUCGGAGUCGAUCAUCUCUCUAACUGUUGGUAUUAGUAUUGGGUUAGUCUGUCUAGUUCUCUACCACUUUGGCAUUGACUUUAUUUUUAAUUCGCGGUCUUUUGCUCACAUAUUCCAGUCGAUUUUCCUUCCCUGUAUUAUCUUCAACGCAGGCUUUACUAUGAAAAAGCGGAACUUCUUUGCAAACAUAGUCCCCAUUCUUACCUAUGCAAUUGGUGGGUGUGUUCUCUCCUCUUUAAUCAUUGGAUUUGGUAUUUACGGAUACACUUUCAUCAAUGUCAAAUUCAUAGGACUCGGCUCACAGAAUCUGAGCAUCAACCAAGCACUCCAAUUUGGUACUUUACUCGGUGCUACUGACCCCGUCGCUACUCUCGCUCUCUUCUUGGAGUUAAAUGUGGACCCCCUCUUAUACUCCUUAGUCUUCGGUGAAAGUGUUUUGAAUGAUGCGGUCUCUAUUGUGUUAUAUCACACGUUAGAUAAGGAUAUGAGCACUUUUGGCUGGAUGGAUAUGUUAAGUAUCUGCGGCGAGUUCUUAAUUAAAGCCUUAGGCUCCUGUGCUAUUGGCUUGUUCAUCUCGUACAUCAGCGCGUUCUUGUUCAACAAGAUGAAGACGCUCAAUAUCUCAGCGACACUGAAUGUGAUCUUAAUAGUGGGGACUGCGUUCUUCGGGUACUUCUUGUCUGAGAUUUUGGAGCUGUCUGGCAUCUUGACGAUAUUUGUGACGGGAGCGGUGAUGUCUCACCAUCAUUGGUACUCUGUUCCAGAGAACCAAAGACACACCGUUUACAAUUCAGUUGGUACUUUGGCAUUCAUUAGUGAUACUAUGACAUUCAUAUGUGUUGGCAUUACUCUCUCGAAUCCAAAGAACUUGACUCUAGAAUGCUGGAACCCCCUCUUCAUCGUCUAUGUGUUACUCCUUUGCUUCAUCUCAAGAGCUUUCAACAUCUUCCCUAUCACUUUCAUUAUGAACUGUAGAAAGAACGCCCCGCACAUCUCUUGGAAACAUCAGCUGAUGCUCUGGUAUGCCGGGCUGAGAGGCGCAAUUGCAAUUUUGUUGUCGUUGACGAUGGGAAGUGUGUUGGUCAUCAACACGACAUAUUCCAUUGUCCUCUUCACUAACGUCCUCAUUGGAAUGACUACCCCACCCCUUCUUAAGUUGUUCAAAAUUCAAAUGGGCGGCAGUGAACCACUCAAUAUCAGAGAGGCUGACGCUCUUGAAGUGUUGGACUUGGACGAUCCACAAUCAAAUAAUAGCAAUAGAGCAUUGAAGAAGAUGUUCAUCAUGUUCGAUGAAGGGUUCAUGAAGAAGUGGUUUGGUGGACAAACCAGGCAAGAGAAAGAACUCGCGACUAUUGACCCGUACCUGACUCAAGACGACGUACAAACAAACAGAGAAAAAGUCGACCACAUGUUCAAUACGCCACAACCAAAGGAAAAUGAAAGCACUGAAAUUCCAAUGACUACAGAAGCCGUAGAACAAAAUGAAGGAGAAUUGGGACCGAAGUCAAGCGAAGAAAACACAAGAGAUCCACUCAUAAACAUCGACACACCUCCUCAACCGAAAACAGAUGUGCCUAAAAUGCUCGAAUGA